AUGUUUGAUUUGCACAGGUUAAUCCCAGAGUCUCCCAGAUGGCUGCUCUCUCAGGGAAGAGUGGAGGAGGCUGAGGCCAUAAUGAGAGAUGCUGCCAGGAGGAACAGAGUUGAAGCACCAGAGGUAAUCUUCACUCCCAUUGAGGUAAGCAAUUACCUUUAGUGAAUAGGUCUAGAUUUGAGGCUAACAUAAAAGGUCACACAUGCACUAUAGCUACAAAUAAAAAAAUUGAUACAGCGACAAUUAGGCCUAUGUGACAAGUGAAUUUGGGCUACACCUCAAAAACACAGCAAAAUUGAGGUUGGAAGGGGGGAAAUCCUAAGGUGGAAAGAGAAUGUGCAUUGCUAACUUGGAAGCUUUUAAACUUACAGUAUUUCUCUCCUACAAUAGAUUGAGGUUGCCCGUGAAAAUUGUGGUCCUCUGUAACUCAGCUGGUAGAGCACGGCGCUUGUAACGCCAAGGUAGUGGGUUCGAUCCCCGGGACCACCCAUACACAAAAAUGUAUGCACGCACGACUGUAAGUCGCUUUGGAUAAAAGCGUCUGCUAAAUGGCAUAUUAUUUAUUAUUAAAAUAUGGACAAGAAAUAUAAUUUCUUGGACAUCCUACAGAGCUGCAACAUGGUCUCAAUUAUACUAAUUUGUUCUCUUCUGUGGUAAGUCGUUGUGAUGAGUGUGAUGGAAGGAGUCAGGCGCAGGAGGGUAAUCACCGAAUACAGAGUUUCUUCCUUAGUGGACACACAAAUACGCUCAAAUAGCGAUCAACGAAACAGGCACAGGGGAAACUCUCAUCCCAGUCAAAUACACUGUAACGGUAGAAUCAAAUAUACAUAGGCACAGGGGGAAAUCUACCCUGGCAACAAAAUGUACGAGUAGCUCCACCGAGCUACACUACUCUCACAAAUAACAAUCACCCACAAGGACAAGGGGGCAGAGGGAACACUUAUACACGGACUAAUGAGGGUGUUAGAACCAGGUGUGUGUGAUUGAUAAGACAAGACAAAGGUGAUGAUGAUUGGGGCGGCAGUGGUUAGUAAGCCGAAACCUGCCCGAACAAGGAGGGGAGGCAGCCUCGACUGAAGUCGUGACAGUCGUGCUCUCCACUGCAUUAUAGUUGUAUUCCUAGAUAUGUUUAAGAUACCAGAGUCUUAUCACUCAUUAAAGAUAGACUCUUCUUUAUGAUAUUGCCACGAGCAGCACCGCACAUUUUGCUCUCAGUCACACAGAGUAUCUAUGCAUGUGCACGAGUGCCUUUUUAGUCAGCAUGCUAGGCUAGUUUAUGCUUAGCAGCCCGUUGGAUUCCAUGACCAAACAUUAUAUAGUAGUCCCGUGUAGCUCAGUUGGUAGAGCAUGGUGUUUGCAACGCCAGGGUUGUGGGUUCGUUUCCCACGGGGGACCAGUAUGAAAAAAAAUAAUUAUGCACUCACUGACUGUAAGUCGCUCUGGAUAAGAGCGUCUGCUAAAUGACUAAAAAAAAUGUUAAAAUGUAGUAGCUGCAGGAAGUGUUGUGGAAUCCAAUGGGAUGCUUUAGCAUGAGCUAGCCUCGCCCAUUCAUAGAAAGUAAUGCUAGCACGAUAGAAUGUAGUCACAUACAUGUGUGACCGACUGGCUCGAUUCGGUCUUAUGUAGCAAAAUUUGAAAUUGUGUUUUUUACAUUGGAUAAAAGUAGCGACUCAGAGCUAUAAAAUGGUAUAUCAUACACUACAGUUGAGGAACAAUGGUAAAGUCAUUCUGCUUUGAAAGUUGAUAAACUUGUAACCCCACUUUUGAGAAAAUGAAUGUUUUGGUACACCUAUUGGAGAGCUCUUCUUUGUCUACACCCAUUCAGCAUCAUUCACACCCUCUUAAGCCUAAGCCCCACCUAUGUCUUUAUGGAUUCACAUGUGAGGCCAUGUACUAAACAACCAAAGAUUUCAAGACUAAAGGCUGGUUUAUACUAUGUCUAUCGACAGUUGUUGCCGUGACAUCAUGAACAUUCUAUUGUCGUCCGACAUCAAACUUGUCAUUGUCGUUAUGAAAAAAUAUGAACACAAAAACUACAGGCUGCAUGACAUCAGCAGCCUGGUGGUCUAAAAUAGCAUAACUGAUGUAUUUUAACACCAAUAAACCCAACCGUUUAAAAAAUAAUUGAGAAUAUGUCAAUCUAGCAAACCAGGCAACUAAAAGCAACUUUUGGUUUGUUUCUAGCUUGUUAGCUAGCUAGCUAACGUUAAGUUAGCUGGCUAGCUAGUUCAAAUAAUGACCAUAUCAUAUACAGUAGCUGACAAUGUCUUCACUUUAACUCAUUUGUAUUCAUUAUUACAAGAAAAUAUACUCACAACAAGAUCAUUAUUUAGAAGUUAAUGGUGAGCUAAUUACAGAAAAUAGCUUAUGGUGGUGAGUGUGACGAAAUAAGAACAGGGCAUUCUACCGGAGAACUUUAUAAUUUGGACACUGUCUCUUUGGCCUAACGUUAUAUCCUAAUUUGACUUUGGUGCAGGUCAUGUUGUUCUUCACAUUACCGUCUCUGGUAAACACAUAGUAUAUAAAAUAUAACCAACGUUUAUUUGUCACAUACAGAAGAUGUAAACGGUACAGUGAAAUGGUUACUUUUGUUUAGACAUCUAGCUAGCUAGCUAAACAAUUAACCAUAAUCCCAACUCAUAACAUUACUACUCUGCAUGAAUCUGCAGGUAGCUAACCAACUAGGUUCAAUGUUAGCUAGCUAGAUAACAUUAGGCUAUAACUAGCAAUGCAAAUGGCUCUGAGAUACAAAUAACAUUAAUACACAGAUCAUACAAGUAACAUUAGCUAGCGAGCCAGCCAGCAUUAGCAAGUUAGCUAACAGUACGCUUUAACUUACAAUGAAAACAACUUUCUGACUAAAUUAGAAAUGUAUAUCUGAAAAUGUAGCUAGCUAGACUCUUUUACCCGUAUACAUGGAUGAACGCUUCUCCCUCUCUGUUACGGAUGCCAUGGUUUCCCUUAGUUUGAAGAUGUAAUCCGGAGACAGGUGUUUUAUACAACAGCAGCAUUCUGUGUGUUCUCUUUUCGACUCCCUCUGCAUAUUUGCAAUCAAACGUCAGAAUUUUCUCAAUUUCUUUAGCUAUCAUAUUCUAAUUCCACUGGGCAUUCCACUGAUUUCAAAACCCGGUCCUCCAGAAAGUGGAGAGCAACACUUUUGCAAUUCUGCGAUGUGAUAUAUAUAUUUUUUUUUAAGCGAGUUAGAAAGGAUUACCUACACAUACUGACCAGCUCAUGUUAUAGACAGAAGCGUGCUACAUGGUAGACCAAUCCGAACUCAUCUCUCAGCAUGUCCAGCCUCAUCCAUUGUCAUGAAAACAGCCGAGGCUGCCCCUCCUCCUUGCUCAGGCAGGCUUCGGCGUUCGUCGUCACCGGAGUACUAGCUGCCACCGAUCGAUGUUUCUGUGUUACACUAGUCUUGUCUUUAUUAUUCACACCUGUUACCCAUUAUGCUUAUAUGUUUCCCUAUAAUUACCUCUGUUUUCCCUGCUGGGUUUGUGCAUCAUUGUCCGUUGUUUUACGUCGUUUGGUGAGCUGUUGUUCUGCUCUUCCCUGCGUGGAGGGUUUGUUAUGGUUUACUUUUGUUUUAGUAAAUCCAUUCAUUUCUCAGUUCUGUGUCCUGCGGCUGAUUCCGUUACACCACUUCACCCAGACAUUGACAUCCAUUCAUUAUCUCAGCCAAUCAUGGCUAGCGGGAAGGUUCCUGUCUUUUUCUGUGGUUAAACCUCUUAAUUUAACAAUUGUAUUUGUAUUUACAGAUGGCAUACAAGUUUGUUAUUAAGGCACAUGAAAGAUCACCUGUUCGAGAUGGCAUUUCUGCCACAAAACCCAUUUUGAUAAAAAAAUAAAAUAAUGUUUUACGUUCAAAUGCCUCUCCUGUGAAGUAGUGAUGCACAACAUAUUUCCUGAAACAAGUCACAUACUGUAUCUGAAGUGUACGAAUAAUGCCCCGAUGCUCCUACACUGCCCCAACUCUCUGUCUAAAUGUUAAUACGCCUUGGUUGCAAUAUGGUUUUAGAAACAUCUGGAACGUAACUUUCAUAUUACUACACACCUUUAUAACACGAUUCCUACACGGCCAUAUUUCCAAGUUACAGCUUGUUUAUGUAAGAGAGGGGCGACCACCUGUUCUAAUUAGCUAUGUAACGUCUCCGAACACCUGUGUGUACCGGAAAAGAAUGCCAGAAAAGUGUUUUAACUAAAAAUAUUGUAACUGAAAAAUACUAUCAGCUGCAACUGUGUUAAAACAGUGUACAGUAAGUGUAUAUUUUGCAUUUGUAAAAGGAUUUUGGUCUUUAUAGUUCUAUCCGUUUUUCUUCGUAUUAUCUUCAGAAAAUUGGCAUGUCAGAUUGGCCUUGGCGGCGCCGGAGAGGAUGGCUGCCGUUUUAUGGGCUCUUAACAAACCGUGCUAUUUUGUUUGUUUUUUCGCAUUGUUUGUAACUUAUUUUGUACAUGAUGUUGCUGCUACUGUCUCUUAUGACCCAAAAGAGCAUCUGGACAUCAGAACAGCGAUUACUCACCUUGAACUGGACUAAUAAUUUUUCUUUAAUGAGUCGGACGAGAGGGAUUUGCUCCAGACACCCGACAGGGCCCUCAUCCCCAUCAUUCACAGUAGAAAGAGAAGGAGAUAUCGCAGAAGGAGAUCGGGGUGCCUGGUAAGGAGCUGGCGACGAGUGGCUAAUCUGCCUUUGCCAUCGGUACUAUUGGCCAACGUACAAUCACUUGAUAAUGAAGUGGACGACCUACAAGCACGCAUAUCCUACCAACGGGACAUUAAAAACGGUAAUAUCUUAUGUUUCACAGAGUCGUGGCUGAACAACGACACGAAUAUCAUACAGCUGGCAUGUUAUACACUGUAUCGGCAGGAUAGAACAGCAGCCUCUGGUAAGACAAGGGGUGGCAGUCUAUGUAUAUUUGUAAACAAAAGCUGGUGCACGAUAUCAAAGAAAGUCUCAACGUUUUGCUCGCCUGAGGUAUAGUAUCUCAUGAUAAGCUGUAGACCACACUAUCUACCAAGAGAGUUUUCAUUUAUAUUCUUCGUAGUUGAUUAUUUACCACCACAAACCGACGCUGACACUAAGACCGCACUCAAUUAACUGUAUACGGCCAUAAGCAAACAGGAAAACACUCAUCCAGAGGCGGCACUCCUAGUGGUCGGGGACUUUACUGCAGGGAAACUUACAUCCGUUUAACCUAAUUUCUACCAGCAUGUUAAAUGUGCAACCAGAGGGAAAAAACUCUAGACCACCUUUACUCCACACACAGACACACAUACCAAGUUCUCCCUCGCCCUCCAUUUGGCAAAUCUGACCAUAAUUAUAUCCUCCUGAUUACUGCUUACAAGCACAAACUAAAGCAUCAGUGACUUGGUCAAUAAAAAAGUGGUCAGAUGAAGCAGAUGCUAAGCUACAGGACUGUUUUGCUAGCACAGACUGGAAUAUGUUCCGGGAUUCUUCCGAUGGCAUUGAGGAGUACACCACAUCAGUCACUGGCUUCAUCAAUAAGUGCAUCGAUGACGUCGUCCCCACAGCGACUGUACGUACAUACCCCAACCAGAAGCCAUGGAUUAAAGGCAACAUCCGCACUGAGCUAAAGGGUAGAGCUCCCACUUUCAAGGAUCGAGACUCUAACCCGGAAGCUUAGAAGAAAUCCCGCUACGCCCUUCGACGAACCAUCAAACAGGCAAAGCGUCAAUACAGGACCAAGAUCGAAUCGUACUACACCGGCUUCGACGCUCGUCGGAUGUGGUAGGGCUUGCAAACUAUUACAGACUACAAAGGAAAGCACAGUCGCGAGCUGCCCAGUGACACGAGCCUACCAUACGAGCUAAAUUACUUCUAUGCUCGCUUCGAAGCAAGUAACACUGAAACAUGCAUGAGAGCAUCAGCUGUUCCAGACGAUCAAGCUCUACGUAGCCGACGUGAGUAAGACCUUUAAACAGGUCAACAUUCACAAGGCCGCAGGGCCAGACGGAUUACCAGGACGUGUACUCCGAGCAUGCGCUGACCAACUGGCUGAUUCUGUAAUAUCAUCAUGUUUCAAGCAGAACACCAUAGUCCCUGUGCCCAAGUACACUAAGGUAACCUGCCUAAAUGACUACCGACCCAUAGCACUCACAUCUGUAGCCAUGAAGUGCUUUGAAAGGCUGGUCAUGGCUCACAUCAACACCAUUAUCCCAGAAACCCUAGACCCACUCAAUUUGCAUACCGGCCCAACACAUCCACAGAUGAUGCAAUCUCUAUUGCGCUCCACACAGCCCUUUCACACCUGGACAAAAGGAACACCAAUGUGAGAAUGCUAUUCAUUGACUACAGCUCAGCGUUCAACACCAUAGUGCCCUCAAAGCUCAUCACUAAGCUAAGGACCCUGGGACUAAACACCUCACUCUGCAACUAUAUCCUGGACUUGCUGACGGGCUGCCCCCAGGUGGGAAGGGUAGGUAACAACACAUCCGCCACGCUGAUACUCAACACGGGGCCCCUCAGGGGUGCGUGCUCAGUCCCCUCCUGCACUCCCUGUUCACUCAUGACUGCAUGGCCAGGCACGACUCCAACACCAUCAUUAAGUUUGCAGAUGACACAACAGUGGUAGGCCUGAUCACCGACAACGACGAGACAGCCUAUAGGGAGGAGGUCAGAGACCUGGCCGUUCGGGAGGAGGUCAGAGACCUCCCUCAAUGUGAUCAAGACAAAUGAGAUGAUUGUGGACUACAGGAAAAAGAAGAGGACCGAGCACGCCCCCAUUCUCAUCGACGGGGCUGUAGCGGAGCAGGUUGAGAGCUUCAAGUUCCUUUGUGUCCACAUCACCAACAAAUUAACAUGGUCCAAGCACACCAAGACAGUCGUGAAGAGGGCACGACAAAACCUAUUCCCCCUAAGGAGACUGAAAAGAUUUGGCAUGGGUUCUUAGAUCCUCAAAAGGUUAUACGGCUGCACCAUCGAGAGCAUCCUGACUGGUUGCAUCACUGCCUGGUAUGGCAACUGCUCGGCCUUCGACCGCAAAGCACUACAGAGGGUAGUGCGUACGGCCCAGUACGUCACUGGGGCCAAGCUUCCUGCCAUCCAGGACCUCUAUACCAGGUGGUGUCAGAGGAAGGCCCUAAAAAUUGUCAAAGACUCCAGCCACCCUAGUCAUAGACUGUUCUCUCUGCUACCUCACUGCAAGCGGUACCGGAGUGCCAAGUCUAGGUCCAAGAGGCUUCUAAACAGCUUCUACCCCCAAGCCACAAGACUCCUGAACAUCUAAUCAAAUGGCUACCCAGACUAUUUGCAUUCAGACAUUUAUUUCACAGCAAUUUAUGACUUGUUGGUCUCAUCAUUUUAUUAAUAUCAGACUAUUAUCAAUCAUCAUAUUGUUAUUAAUAUCAUAAUUUUAACCCAUUACUUGACCUGGGUUACAUGUACCACAACCAGUAUUUGCAAUCUUAGAGAGCUAUAAAUACUGUAUGCUGACUGCUGAUUGCAGUAUUUAUGUCCUUGUCCUCUUGUCCCUUUAGGAUGGUCAUCACCAUGGCCUACUAUGCACUGCUAUUCAAUACCACAAACCUGCAUGGGGAUUCCUAUAUCAACUUCUUCCUGUCUGCAGUUGUAGAAGUGCCAGCCUAUAUAAUCGCUAUGUUACUGCUGAAAUUUUGCUAUCGAAGAUUCUGCCAGUCAUCAACUCUGUUUCUUGGCGGUUCUGUUAUUCUCUUCAUCCAGAUUGUCCCAGCAGGUAAUAUUAAAAUGUCAUCUCUAGUCUAGGGGACACACUAUAUUAUGUUCAGUUCAUUAUUAACAAAGCAAUGUAAAAGCCAUAAGUGUUUCCUACUUCACAUAAUUAAAUACUGUUUUAUUUGUGUGAAAAAAUGAGCUCUUCAUGGCCAUUUGAUAUGCGUGUGUGAAAGUCAAGUAUGUCUUGUCAGAGCUCUGAUACAAGAUAUUAACCCCUGGCUAAAGUCGCCCCUCAUAUCUCCCUGGAGUGGCCAUCUUCCUGGAGAUGGUGGGGAAGUUUGGCAUCACCGCAGCGUUCUGUGUGGUGUAAGCCGUCACGUCGGAGCUCUUCCCCACUGUGGUGAGGAACAUGGCCAUGGGGGCGUGUUCCAUGGCAGCACGCAUAGUCACCAUCUCCCCCUUCAUCAUCUACCUC